AUGAUUAAUCCGUGAACGUUUUUAAAUGGUUGUUAUUUACUCAUAAACCUUGAUGGAAGUAGCUCAUGCAAGUGAAUUUCUAAGUGUUUCAGAAACAACAUGAUUUACAAUAAUAUAGAGGAACUAGGUCUAUGCUCUUCUCCAUUUUGGGAUGCUAACUUAACUUGGUACUCUGAUGUCCCGGAUUUGACCCCGUGUUUUGAGGAGACUGUUCUAGUUUUGUUGCCGGGACUAUUGCUGCUCUAUCUCCUUCCUCUCGACUGUUGGUGGAUCCGGCAAAGUUUCUACAAAGACAUACCAUGGUCAUGGCUCAACUUAUCCAAAAUCCUUGUAUUAGCUCUGAUGAUGGGAGUCAGCACCGUAAAGUUUAUACAAUCUGCUCUGAAUAACAAUACUUAUCCAGCAGAAAUUAUUUCUCCGGUGAUACAGUUUUUGAUUUUUGGAACCCUUUUCAAUUUGGUGUUGCGUCAUAAAAGUCGAGGUAUACGAGCCUCUUAUACCUGCUUUUUGUGCAGUCUGGUUUUAGUUGCUUGUUAUACACCCCGUAUUUACUCACUCGCCAGAUUGUACAUAAAUAGUGCUCUACAAGAUGUUUUAUCAGCCAAAAUUAGCAUUUUCUUGUACUUUCUACUGUGGGCAUUCUUCAUUCUCCAUUGGUUUUGUGACAAAGAACCAAGAUAUAAUAUAUUUCCCAGCUUGGAGGUAAGAAAUUCUGUUGAAAGAAUUGAGCCCAGCUAG